AGUUGUGUCCCAUCUAGCUUUAUAUAUAAUUAUAUGUUCCGUCUCUUCGUUUUCCUAAACCUUGUUCAAUUUUACAUUUUUACUCGUACCAAGCGUCAGCCGACCGGCUGAUGCACUCUAUCAGAAAAACAAAGCCCAGCCUUCUAAUUUAUACACAAAGGAGCAGCACUGCAGGGCGCGCAGGACGGGAUUCAUAUCUAGCACUUAAUAUUGAUCUAGAUACUUUAGUUGAACUUAAAUAUUUCUGUAGCUAGCUAACUAGCAAUCUACCACAUUUUCAGAUCGAUCAGAAGGUAGAUCGGGAUCGAUGAUCACUGGAAAGGAUGUGUACGAGGUUCUGGCGGCGAUAGUGCCGCUGUACGUGGCGAUGAUACUUGCCUACGGUUCCGUCCGGUGGUGGAAAAUCUUCACCCCUGAUCAAUGCUCCGGCAUUAACAGGUUCGUGGCCGUCUUCGCCGUCCCCCUCCUCUCCUUCCACGUCAUCUCCUCCAACAACCCCUACGCUAUGAACUACCACUUCAUCGCCGCCGACUCCCUCCAGAAGAUCGUCAUCCUCGCAGCGCUCUUCGUCUGGCAGUUCCUGGCCAAGGGCAAGAACGACACCCUGGAAUGGAUGAUCACCCUCUUUUCUCUUUCAACCCUCCCCAACACCCUUGUUAUGGGCAUCCCCCUCCUGAACGCCAUGUAUGGCGACUACUCCGGGAGCCUCAUGGUCCAAAUCGUCGUCCUCCAGUCCGUCAUCUGGUACACCCUCAUGCUCUUCAUGUUCGAGUACCGAGGCGCCCGCCUUCUCAUCUCCGAGCAGUUCCCCGAGACCGCCGCCUCCAUCACUUCCUUCCGGGUCGAAUCCGAUGUCGUCUCCCUCAACGGCCGCGAGUCCCUGCAGGCCGACGCCCAGAUCGGCGACGACGGCAAGCUGCACGUGGUCGUCCGGAAAUCGGCGUCCACUUCUUUGAGAUCCGGUUUCUCCUCCUCCUCCUACAACAAGUAUUCCAUGACUCCCAGAGUGUCCAAUCUGACGGGGGUGGAGAUCUACUCCGCACAGUCAUCGCGGGAGCCAACGCCCAGAGCUUCGAGCUUUAACCAGACCGAUUUCUACGCAAUGUCUGCGAGUAAAGCCGCCAGUCCCAAGCACGGUUACACCAACAGUUUGCCGGCGGGAGGUUUCGGGGACGUCUAUAAUUCGUUGCAGUCGUCCAAGGGGGUGACGCCGAGAGCUUCCAAUUUCGAGGACGAGAGGAGUGCUUAUGACAAGGGGAGGGGAGCCAGAAGUAUGAGCGGGGAGCUCUUCAACGUGGGGCUGAUUUCGAGUUCUUACCCUCAUCCGAACCCGACGUCGUUUUCAGGCUCGACGAGUGGGGUUCUCAGGAAGACGACGUCGAAGAGCGGCGGCAACGUGGGUGAUAACACUAAUAAUAAUAAUAACAAGGAGCUUCACAUGUUUGUAUGGAGUUCAAGCGCGUCUCCCGCUUCCGAAGGAAAUCUACGGCACGGAGUUAAUGGUAUUAGAGGUGCAGUCGGCAGCGGUGCAGAUGGCGCCAUUGAUUUUUCUAAGGUUGCACCUCGACUGGAUCAGCUUGUUAAUAAUCCUAAUGCUGAUACCAAAGGCAUGCAUGAUUUAAUAGAACAUACGAAUUCUGGCUCAAAAAAAGCGACUGGGAACAGAGAGGAAAGGGUAAUUGAUGAGAUGGAGAAUGGAGGAAUGUCGUCUAGGUGUGUGGGAGCUGCUUCAGGGCCUCCCUUCUCAUGCCAAAAGAAGAUUGAGAUGACGGAGGAAACGAAGCAUCAGCAAGAGCAGCAGCUGCAUCAUCAGAUGCCGCCGGCAAGCGUCAUGACAAGGCUCAUUCUGAUUAUGGUCUGGAGGAAGCUCAUCAGAAAUCCCAACACCUACUCAAGCCUCAUCGGUCUCAUUUGGUCUCUCAUUUCUUUCAGAUGGAACAUCCAUAUGCCAUCAAUUGUGGGGGGAUCCAUAUCAAUAUUGUCCAAUGCCGGUCUCGGAAUGGCUAUGUUCAGUCUAGGUUUGUUCAUGGCUUUGCAACCGAGGACAAUAGCUUGUGGGAAAUCAGUGGCAAUGUUUUCGAUGGUAGUGAGGUUCUUGACAGGACCCGCAGUGAUUGCUGCCACCUCUAUUGCCAUCGGCCUUCGUGGGGUUCUUUUGCACAUUGCUAUUGUUCAGGCUGCCCUUCCCCAAGGCAUCGUUCCUUUUGUGUUCGCAAAGGAGUACAGUGUUCAUGCCGACAUAUUAAGCACAGCGGUAAUUUUCGGAAUGCUGAUUGCCUUGCCCAUAACAUUACUGUACUACGUCCUCCUUGGACUCUAGCUCUCCAAGUUAGGAAAACGAGGCAUUGCAGGAGGAAAGUCUAUAAUAAUAAUAGAAGUGGUGCAAUCCAGGAGCAGGCACAUGGAGACGAAGACCAUCUAGCUUUAAAUAUAUUGGCAUUGGAUUCAGUGUAGAACUUAGAAUUAUAUAAGCUGCGCAACCUGAGCUCGCCUCCAUGUGACCGCCCCGCUACCUACGCUUUCAAUUCAAACACACUAUACCACAUAUAUGUAUUAUAUUCGCUUUCCCUUCUGGUUUCUCCUGGGUCUCGAUUUGCCUUCGAGCUUCGUGCAUGGAUCUCCAGGAAGCUAAUUUUAGCCUGCCUUUGACUCACUUGCCAAUCCAAUUGUCGACCAACUUACAAUUUUGGGGAAGGAAAUUUUAUUGCUGUUUCUUGAAGUGCUUUUCUAUGUAGUGUAUACAUGAGGUAGUGAUAUUUAUAUAGUUGGAAAUGUUUUUGUA